AUGGAGGGAGGUGUUCCACCAACUCGAAGCGCUCUUUCACCCUCUUUUUGCUUCUUCACUAAACUUAGAGUGUUGGUGAUAAGGAAUCCGCUGUUGAAACUCUCAGCUGAAAGUACACAGUAUUGCCGAAUGAUUUCAAGCAAAGCUUUUUCUUCGGUCAAGCCAUUGGGUCAAUUCAGAACGAUAGUUACCUUCAACUUUGCACUUCUAUCUAAGCAUAAAGAUGUUAACGUUGUUGGGAAAUAUGAUAAGAAUAAUUCAACUGAGGAUGGUCAGCCAAACUCAGUGUUAGAUAUGUUGUCGGGAGAUAUCAACUUAACAGACCACAAUAUUGAAAAGGUUGUCCGCAAACAAGUCACUGAACUUGAAAGAAUAAAUAGAUAUCAUGAUCGAAACGUAGUACGAUUGGCUAAUAAACUUUCGUAUAUACAGGAAAACAUAGGACUACGAACGAAAUUCAGCGAUGAGAAACGGACUAGGUUAUUUGCUAGCGAACUUAUUGAUAUGCCAAUAGAAAAGGUUGUUGAGAUGGUCAAAACGCUAACUUCUGCAAAGUCUAAAUCCGGCUUGAAAGUAGAAACUGAUUUAACUGUCUUACUUUCUCAUCUUGUAUUCAGAAAUUCGUUAGAUGCGAAUUUGUUUUCAAGGAUUGUUGUAAAGCUUGGAAUACCAAACUUAAAACAGGUUCAAAAUAAACUAGCUAGUGAUCCUGAAGAUUUUAUACAGGGAUGGAAUGAUGAUGGGAGAUCAAGAGUUAGAUGUGGAAUGGCGUUGGCAGCAAGAUAUAAGAUGCUCAAAGACUUUAAGAGUGCACAAAGCUUAAUACGCAGUGAGUUUCAAACAGUGUGGUUGAAGACUUUAGUUGAAAAUGAGAAAAUUUUAAAUGGUAGUGAUAUAAAGAACAUGAUCAAUGUUGUCGAUGGUUUGAUUGAGUAUGGAUAUCUGGUGACAUGUGCAGUACGGACUAAUAGCUUUAGGGUAAUUUAUUCCUUUUGGGAAAUACAUCCUAAUGAUGGAUUGAUAAAGGAGUGGUUGGAAAAAGGAGUUGGAAAAGUUGAUUGUAUUGAUAGCGACAUUGGCCCUAAUGUUUACCAAAAAUUCAUUUUCGAACUAUACUCGAAUCCUGCUAUAUCGACUGUCAAUAAAUGGAAAGUUAAGGUGUUGAAUGUUUCGAGAAAGUUAAGGUUAGGAAUACUAGACGUCCAUCAUAUUAACGAGGAUAAGUUUUUUGCGUUCACGGAACUAUUAUUGAAUGAGAUGGAAGACGAGAUGGAUAAUGAUGUUGAAAGGAGAGAAUAUUUCGACAACAUCAAGUUGAAAUAUAGUGAGUUGAAAAGGGAGCUAAACAACAAGGAGAUUUGUUGUGCAGAUCAACACAUUGGGGAGGUUGUCAAAGCAUCUGACAUAUAG